GUCGAAGAAGCCGCAGGCAUCGCGCUGUGGCAACACGAUGCUGCUGCAGCCAACUUCACGGCAGACGCACUUGGAGCAACAAAAACAGCAUAGUAUCCAACAAAAAAGAGAAGCCAAAAUAAAAACGCAGCCAAGAUGAAUAUGUCGAAUUUGAACGACUUGCGAUCCUAUUCGCGACACUGGCUCACCGAGUUCAUAGAGCAAUACCAGGAGGAGGAGUGCUUGUGGCAGCCCAAGCAUCAUGACUACAGCAAUCACGCGUCGCGAAACAAAGCAUACGACAAACUGGUAGAAAAACUAAAAGAAGUCGAACCAAAUCCAGAUCGCGCCAUGGUUGUGCGAAAGAUAAAUUCAUUGAGAUCGGCAUUCCGACGCGAGUUCCGCAAAUCGAGCAGCAAAAGUGACUACGAGACGCGUCUCUGGUACUACGACAAACUGUUGUUUAUAGCAGACCACAAGCCAAAGCGCCAUUCUAAUGAAUUGGCCGGCAAACCAAAACGUGAAUUACAAUUGAAUUUCGAUGACGAAGACUCGAUGGACUUUGAGGAGGAAUCCCAUCACACACCCCAAUCCCAGCAACACAUCGAGACAAUUGUACCAGCCCCCAGCGACGAAGUUGAAGCCGAAGUAGCGCCCACCAGCAAUGUUGUUGUCAGCAGUCAGGGCGCGACAUUAAGCACCAUCUCAGUGACGCCCGCCGAUUGUGUGACAUUGGUCAAGGACGAGUCCCAUGCACAUCAGCAAGCGCAUCACGAGGAUGCCAGCGAGGCACAUCAACGUCUUGUGGCACAGGCGACGGCAGCACAAACGUCGCUGGCAGCCGCCGCAGCAGGAGGACAUGCUGUCAAGGUGCUGGAGAUCACAUCACUGGACUCGAAUUCGCAGCGCGAGAUACAACAGGCCGUCAACUCACUGGAACACCAUCAGCAGCAGCUGCAGCAUCUGCAUCACCAGGCCAAUGGACAUGCGCAGCCAGUGCCCACGAUUCAAAUAGGACGUGAUCAUUACCAGCCACUCUUCGGCAAUGCCUCGACCACAGCAUACACAACAGCAACGCCGACCACAACGCACCGCCAUGAGGAUGAAUACGAUGCGAUCGGUGUGAAUGUGGCGAGUAAAUUGCGUUCGAUCAAUCACACACAACGCAUAAUUGCCGAGAAGCUCAUCAGUGAUGUGCUUUUCAAUGCUCAGCUGGAUAAUCUCACCGUCAACUCGUCAUUAACGCAAUAAUUCUAUAUUU